GUUUUCAACCAACAACGGCGGGGCCUGUCACUGCUUUCCUCUGUCCUGCAGUCACGUCAUCCAUCACCAACCAACACAAAGAAGGCAAGAAUGGGAGACUCGGACGACGACAUCAACAUCUCCAACGGCAUCUGCCACUGGGGUCUUGGUGAAGAGUCACACUCGGAUUUUAUACCUUGUGGCAAUGCUGCUUUUGGACACUUCCAGUGCUGUGGGAAGGCUGGUUUCUGCUCUGCCGAGGGCCACGCUUGCUUUAGCUAUGGUGGAGGCCUUACCUACGUGGCGGGCUGCACCGACAGCACAUUUGAGGACUCGAGCUGCCCCGAUGAGAAGAUUUAUUCAGACCAGCCAUGGAUGGGAAUGGUUUUCUGCAAUACGACCGUCGAUGAGGAUGGCAGAGGUCUGUGGGUUGGGUGUGCAGAAAAAUGGAAGCCUAAAGCCCUCCGCAACAAAGAGCAGGAAUCUGAUGAUCUUUGCUUGUGCAGUGCCGAGGCGAGCCCUGCCAUCGAAUCCCGUAUCGUCUUGACGGCAAAAAACAAAAUCGGCAAUCGCUUCGCAAGUCUCCCAUUGAACCUGGGGGAUUCUAUACAGUGGAAAGACAGCUUACUCCAACAGGAACCAGAACAACCGAGGAGGCAACCAUUACCACCUCUGACUCGUUGUUGACCACUACCACGUCUGACUUGUCAUCGGCGACUUCUUCCAACACCGAUACCGAUUUGGCCUUUGCCUCAUCUGCAACGACAACAAUGAAUUUCAGGCCGUCCCUUCAGCCACUGAAACACCUGUGGUCGCCGCGCCCUUCGGGGGUCUUGGAACUGCAGAGAAGGUCGGCAUUGCUUUCGGAGCGGUUGCGGGCUUAAUGCUCAUUUUGGGCGCCUUGUUUGCCAUUCGUACUCUCCGCCAUCGAAGGCACGUUAAUGAUUCGGCUUCUGGAGCGGAUCACGGGAGCAUGCUAAUUGGGAGAAGGGUGAGGGAACGGCCGAGUUGGCUACAGAAACGUCACCAGUGGUCGGCGAGCUAUCUACGGACAGUGAGGCGCGCCCUGAGACUCUGAGAUCAGAGCUCGCAGCCAGCUCGCCCACGUCUCCACACUCUUCACGUCUAUCUGAAUUGUCAGACCAUGGCAUGGGGAGACCUGCCAUGCAUCACCAGCUCUAUACAGCAGGCACGUCACCGCCAUAUCCUUAACCCCCAGUAUUUUCUUCACAGGGCUAUCCAGUCCAAGGCAACUACGCCACAAACUUUCCCCAGCAUGGCUAUUCUGCCCACUACACCCACCAAGGUUAUCCGGCAUUCGUCAGCACAGAGUUGGAGCCACACUCAGCUCACUUCGGUCAUGACACGGGUCAAGAGGACAACAUGGGUAGCCAAAGACCGCAGCACAGUGCUAUGGAGUUGCCGAGCUAGAGGUGCUCGGUUGCUGGUACAGUGGUACUUCUUAUACGUGUGAGAUGGAUAUAGGAGGAAGGAGUGCAUGGUGAACCAAUACCAUUAGCAGCAAAGUCGGGAUUUACCCACUACCUCUAUUCACGUAUCUUACAAAUCUUGUCUUUUUGCAUCGGUGUAUGCAGCUGUAUGAAUGCAAUACGGGAAGCACUGCUGGUCCACAGUGAGAUGCAUUGCAUAUGCCAAAUAAAAUUCAUGUCAGGGGUUGAAAAAACAGUUCUCACUAGCUAAGGGCAGUCAAGACGCCUCCAAGAUAUCCAAAUUCAAACAAUGUCAACCAAC